GAACUCCAUUUUGGUGCUUACUGGAUAUUGUCCCUAUCAAAAAUGAAAAGGGUGAAGUGGUGCUUUUCUUAUGUUCACACAAGGACAUCACGAAAGAGAAGGUCAUAUCCAUGGACACUGAUGCAGCUGUCCAAGGGGACAGUCCCACCCAUGACCCAGAUCUACUUGAAUCUUCCAACAAUGACAUCAAAUACCAGCGGCGAAGAAGUCGGGCUGUGCUUUAUCACCUCUCAGGACAGUUCCAGAAACCAAACAAGUCCAAACUCCAGUUAAAUAAGCUCCAAAACCUUUCUGGUAAAAAAACUCUUCCUGAAUACAAAGUACAAGAAGCCCACCGACCCCGACUCAUUCUUCUCCACUACAGUAUCUUCAAGAUAGCAUGGGACUGGCUUAUUCUUCUCUGUACAUUUUACAUCGCAGUUAUUGUCCCGUUUAAUGCGUGUUUUGUGGCAACCCAAGAAGAUGGGGAGCGGAAGUCUCUUGUCGCAGAUGUGAUAGUAGAAAUGUUAUUUAUUAUAGAUAUUGUUUUAAAUUUUAGAACUACAUAUGUUAGUAGUAGUGGGCAAGUCAUAUAUGAUCCCAAGAUGAUUGCCAUCAACUAUAUCAAAGGCUGGUUUGUACUGGACCUACUAGCAGCAAUUCCCUUUGACUUACUGUACAUGUUACAAGUGGAUACG